UGUGUGUGCGUGUGUGUGUGUGUUUUAUAGAUGACUGCUGUUACUACUGGCGAGCUCUUAGAGCUUGCUGAAAAGAAUGUGAAACUGGCAGUUGUGGAGGAUAUGGCUGAACAAUUUGAAGAGGCCUAUAAGCUUUAUAUGAAGGCAUUAGAGUAUGCGGGCACUUAUCUCUUCUAUGAGAAGAAACCAUGGCUUAAGAAGCAGAAUAGGCAGUCAUUUUUGGGCCAUUAUAGAAGGGCAACAAAAAUAAGAGGCCGUCAUCACUUACAUGGACCCUCUUUAUCUAAAAGAGCAGAAAGCGGGCUUGGUCUUACAGAGUCGAAUGCGAAGUUGAGUGAUGUGGGCGGACUUCAGGCUUGCAAAGAGGUAUUGGUUGAAGCUGCCAUAGUGCCUAUCCAGAAUCCUCAAUUUUUUACUGGAAAACGACAACCGUGGAAGGCUAUAUUAUUAUAUGGUCCACCUGGAACAGGGAAGACCUAUCUAGCAAAUGCAAUUGCAACAGAAACAGGAUCAACUUUCUUUAGUGUUUCCGCAUCGGACAUUGUUUCCAAAUGGAUGGGAGAAAGUGAAAAGCAAGUCUCAAUUCUUUUCCAACGGGCCCGUGAUGCUGCUCCAUCCAUUAUUUUUAUUGAUGAAAUUGAUUCCUCAUGUGGUUCACGAGGUGAAAACGAUGAGAAUGAAGCAUCUCAACGAAUCAAAACAGAACUUCUUGUACAAAUGCAGAUUAAGAUUGGGGGCAAGUAG